CGGCGGCGGCGGCGGCAGCAGCAGCAGCGCGGGCCGGGAUGCGGCGCUACCUGCGGGUCGUAGGGCUGUGCCUGGCCUGCGGCUUCUGCUCGCUGCUGUACGCCUUCAGCCAGCUCGCGGUGUCCUUGGAGGAAGGAGCGACCGAAGGCCGCAGGCCCCAGGCCGCGGCGGUUUCCUGGCUGGCGGACGGCGGACGCGGCCCCGGGAGAGGCGCGGGCAGCGCGGGCCCGGGUUGGCCCCGCAGGUGUAAAGAUUUCUCUCUGUGUUACUGGAAUCCCUAUUGGAUGCUGCCCUCUGAUGUUUGUGGAGUGAACUGCUUUUGGGAAGCGGCUUUUAGAUACGGUCUGAAAACACGGCCCAUUGAGGAGAUGCACCUUGCUGUUGUCGCCUGUGGUGAAAGACUGGAAGAAACUGUUACUAUGUUGAAGUCAGCCCUGAUUUUCAGCGUCAAGCCGCUGCACGUCCAUAUUUUUGCUGAAGACCAACUACAUGAUAGCUUUAAGGACAGACUCGACAGCUGGCUGUUUCUACAAAGAUUUAACUUCACCUUGUACCCGAUCACCUUCCCGAGCGACGGUGCCGUGGAGUGGAAGAAGCUCUUCAAGCCCUGUGCUUCCCAGAGGCUGUUCUUGCCAUUAAUACUGAAAGAAGUUGAUUCACUGUUGUAUGUCGACACUGAUAUCCUUUUUUUACGACCUGUUGAUGAUAUUUGGUCAUUACUAAAGAAGUUUAAUUCCACACAAAUUGCUGCCAUGGCACCAGAACACGAGGAGCCUCGAAUAGGAUGGUAUAAUCGCUUUGCUCGGCAUCCGUACUAUGGGAAGACUGGGGUAAACUCUGGCGUGAUGCUGAUGAACAUGACCCGGAUGAGAAAGAAGUACUUCAAGAAUGACAUGACAACUGCGCGACUACAGUGGGGAGACAUACUUAUGCCACUGCUUAAGAAAUACAAACUAAACAUCACAUGGGGUGAUCAAGAUCUGCUAAAUAUCAUGUUUUUUCAUAAUCCAGAAAGCCUUUUUGUUUUUCCGUGUCAAUGGAAUUACCGACCAGAUCACUGUAUAUAUGGAAGCAACUGCCGAGAGGCUGAAGAGGAAGGGGUCUUUAUCCUUCAUGGGAACAGGGGUGUCUACCAUGAUGACAAGCAGCCAGCAUUCAGAGCGAUCUAUGAAGCACUAAGAAAUUGUUCUCUUGAGGAUGAUUCCGUCCGUUCCUUAUUAAAACCUUUAGAACUGGAAUUACAGAAGACAGUUCACACAUACUGUGGAAAAACUUACAAAAUAUUUAUCAAGCAGUUGACGAAAAGCAUAAGAAACCGCUAUGACACCCCACCAAAGGAAAGGUGAAUCUUCGUGACCGCUGAGCUAAAUGGAAGAAACCGUGAAGCAUCAGAGUUGACAUGAAGGAUUUAGGAAGGCAUUCCUGUCUCCAGAAUAAUCCUCUUCUGAAGAAAUUAAAGAGCAGUAUAUUCAAGUCAUGAAGAAUAAGUUAAACUCUUGGGCUCCAGUAAGAAGACUGUUUUGAUCUCUGAUAUUUUGUAACAUGACUUGGUGUCAUUCCAGUGUUAAUGAAAACAUCGCGCACUGUGGCCUGUGGAGCUCUGUAAGAACAGUCAGGGGAUGUUGGAGGAAAUGUACCUCAGACACAAUGAGACAUUCAAGCUGUGAGUGUAGCAAUAAUUCUGUCAGCACUAACCUCACUUUAAAGUGUGAGAAACAGUUUACAGGAGCGAGAGAGUUCUGUUUCUUAUGAAAUGUGAUAUAACCAAUGUAACCAUUGACAAUCUAUGUACCGCAUACAUUUCAUCUCUGCUCUGCAAUAUGUUGUGACAAUCAUGUUAAAGAUUAUUUGUAGAUUUUAAGUAAGCUGCACAUUUAAAAAUUAGCUGUAUGAGAAAAGAGA